AUGCAGCCGGGCACCGAGGCGGAGAGGAGAGGGGAGGCGUCGCGGAGGUUCGCUGGGGGCUGGGGGUGCGUGUACCCGCAGAGCCCCGGGUACAUCUCCAGCCAGGAGCUGCCUGCCUGGAGCCGGGCAAUUCCCAUCCCGGGGAAUUCGCUCCCAAAGGAGAGCGGGGCGGGGCCUCCGCCUUUACGACGGCCCCCCGGGGGGCGGGGACCUCGCACCGCCGCGCCGGUAUCCAAUGGGCGGCGGCGUCGCGCGGUGACGGUGAGGAGGCGGGCGGGCGCCUGCGCCUUUGGCGCGCCCCGCCCCUCCGGGCUCGCCGAGGCGGCGGGAGGGUUGAGGCGCUGCGCUCGCCCCCGCGCCGCCAUUUUGUGCCGCCGCCCGCAGCAGGAUGGAGUCGAGUACCCGAGGGAAGCCGCCCGCCGCCCGCCGCGCCCGCCUCCCCGCAGCCCCUCGACGGAGCGCCGCUCCGCAGGUCCGACCGCACCGCUGGGAACGCUGAAGAGCCUCCUCUGCCCGCCGCCGCUCAUGGAGCCGAGCGGACGGGAACGCGCCGGCCCCGGCCUGGGGCGAGCCCGGCUGGGCUUCGCCGCGGCCUGGCCUAAGCUGGCCGGGCCCAGCGCGGCCCCCGCCGGCGCCUCGCCCCAGGCGAGCCCGCCUUUCUCCUGGCUGCGGCUGAUGUCGCAGCUCCUCUCCCCGCUGCCCGCUUUGCUGCAUCGGCUGCUGCCCGGCCCCGCGCUGAGCAGUGCCCUCUGCCCCGCCGCCGGGCAGGCGCCCGCCAAGGGCCCCCAGCCGCUGCUGUUGCUUUCGGAGCCGGCCGCUUCGCUGGACUGGGGCGAAGAGAGGCUGCCGUGGCCGGAGGAGCCCCUGGAGAAGGGGCAGGAGGGUGGUAUGGAACCCACGCCGGGCCUCUGGGGAACCGGGCUGGUGCGGAGCAGCCUGGUGUCCUUCCCCGUACCGCGUGUGGACUUGUACGUGCUGGCCCCGGAGCAGGGCCAGGCUUGGUGCUCCGGGAAGAGCCAUCUGCCCCAGCCCCUGCGAGCCGAGGUCCCCGCGGAGGCCUGGCGAAGCUGCCCUGCCCGGGGCGGCUUGCCGGAGGCCGAGUUCCUCCGUAGCAAGCGCUUGGCUUUUCUCCAGCGGUGGCAUUUGGCGAGCGGUGGCCUGGCCGUGCCAGACCCGGACCACGGCUAUCACAGCCUGGAGGAGGAGCAGCAGCAGCAGCAUAAGAGCGUUUGUCAAGAAGAGGUCGGGGGACGGCGGGAGCUGCAGUGCGAUGCCGGGGAGUUGAAGCGGUCCGAGGAGCCGAACGACUUGGGGAGACAACCUGGAGGUGGUCCCUUGGAGCAGGAGGGGAUAAGGGGUUCAGCUGAGAAAGGGGCACUUGACGGGGAAGCCUCGACUGAAGAGGACGAUGAGGUCUCCGAAAUAGAGCAAAACCUUCCAGUUUCAGCCAGACCUGCCUGUGCAAAUAAAUUAAUAGACUAUAUCAUAGGGGGAGUUUCCAGUGGGGAGGAGAGUGCGGAUGAUGAGGAAGACUGGGAUGAUGAUGACGAUGGGUUUGAUAGCGAAGGGCUCCCCUCGGAUUCGGACACCAGUAGCCAGGAUGGGGAAAGGCUUCAUCUCUGGAAUUCCUUCUACAGUUUGGAUCCAUACAACCCUCAGAACUUCACAGCCACCAUCCAGACAUCUUCCAGCAAUCCGGGAAAGGAUAUGUCAGAUGUGGAAGAGGAGGAAGAGGAAGAUUCAUCGUGGGCAGAGGACUCCUCAGGCUCUCCUCAUCCUAGUUCUGAAGAGGAAGACGAGUGGGACUGUAGCAGUGUGGAUGAGGCAGAAAACUUGAAACUUUGGAACUCGUUCUGUACCUCAGAUGAUCCAUAUAAUCCUUUAAAUUUCAAGGCAGCCUUUCAAACAGCAGAGAAAAAAGGGACGCCUGGUUUAAAAGGAGCAGAGGGGCCGAGUUUGGGCACUUUUGAGCGUAGUCACUUAACUGUCUGUCGGGUGCAGUUGGAAAAACAUAACUGUGGGGUCACUGGCUUUGUGCAGCAUGGCAUUCUUUCUGGUGAGGAAUGUAGAAGUACCAAGCGGAAAAAGGUGACCUUCCUUGAAAAAGUUACUGAGUAUUACAUAAGCAGCGAGGAGGAUCGUAAAGGACCCUGGGAAGAGCUUGCACGAGAUGGAUGCAGGUUCCAGAAACGUAUCCAAGAAACAGAAGAAGCCAUAGGAUACUGCUUCACAACAGAGCAUAGACAAAGAGUAUUUAAUAGACUCCAAGAAACCUACUACAAGAGGGUUGAUCCUUUCUAGCACCUUAAAAGAUAUGGUAGUUGUGUGACCCUAAGCACUCAUGAACAUCUUCAAAACAAGAAGUGGCAGCUGCAUGUGCUAUUUUGAAAUGGGGAGAGAAGUGGGAUUUAACACUUUUUUCCCAGUUUGAUAUUCAGCCAACAAAUAUACCUGUGUGUCCCAUUUUGAUAUCCAGACGAAAUCUUUUGAGUAUCAUCAAGGGUAAGGAUGGUAUAAUUGCAUUCCUUUUAAGUAACACUUGAGAAACAGACUGCUUUAGGUUAAAUCCAUUCCAAAAAUGCCUUGUCUGCCGUAUGUGGAGAAGUGGUGACUAUUAAGUUGGAUUUUUGCACUUUGAAAAAGCAAAACCUAUUUUGAAGGAAAUAUUUAUGGGGCUCAGAACCUAGUUAUUGCAGUUUUGAUUUAAAGUUUCUAGAGGUACUUGCUACUUUCUUGUGGUUCUCCAUUUUCUCUAACAUGUACAAAAGUCUCAAAAUUUUGUUUAGCUAAUAACGUUAACUUUACUGUGCAAAGCAGAUAGUUUAUUCCUUCCUUUUAAGAUCGCAGUUUUGCAUGUAAUCUAAUGUUUGAGUGUUUAUGUAGCGCUUUGAUGUCUUAAUAUUUCAGUCUAGCACACUGGGGGAUUCAGGGGAACUCUGGUGCACUACAAGCCCUUUGGUUUGUCUUUAUUUAAAUAAUACCUUUACCCAGUACUGUUCCAAAGGGUAUUGGCUGCUUGCGCACCAAACCUUUGCUUUCAAGGUGAUGAAAGGCCUCAUCCCGAUCGAUAAUUAAAGCUUCAAGGUAUGUAUCAAGGCUAUGGCUGAUAGUUUGAAUUUAGGUAGCCACGCAAAGGGAACUAACCCCCUAGUUCUUUAGUUAAUCUUAGAGUAACUUUGCUGUAAUUGAUUCUGCUUUCUGAAGAUGGAUUGAAGUGCAGGAUUCUUCAUAUUUCUUGUAUCCAAUAUGCUUGUUCUGGUACUUGUAAGGAGAAUUAUCUUUGACUUAUGGAAAUCUAAGGCUACAAAUUGCUGUGUUCUUUACCAAAAGCCAGUAUUAAUACCUCUACGCGUCUGCACUUUUGUUCAUCUGGUACCAAAAUAACAUUUCAUGUUUGGGGUCUGAAUGUUGAGGUCCUCAGUAGAAGGAAGACACUCCUUAUUUAUGUUCCUAACUUAAAAUGUUUAAUUGUUGUUUCAGUCAAAA